AUGCCGCAGCUUUCAGGAGAAGAGCUUACAGCGCAGAGGAAGCGCCUUGAAGAUGUUUGUACCAUCUAUAAAUCACCUCUUCUAUCUACUUCUCUUUUGCUCAUUUCUCCUCUAUUCCAGAUUCAACACAAGAUUCGGCACCCAGAUACCUUUCUUCCACCAAGUGACUACCGUCACCAAUCGAUUUUGGACCCAGUCAUUCCAAAGGAUAUUUACAGCCCCAGUAGAAUGGAUGUGCUCGGUAUGCUGUUGAAAAUACGCAUGCGACCGAACCCUACAUAUGAUCUUGGAGUCGUUGACGAUCGCGCUGCGCUAGUCGUCUGCAAUAAUGAAGUUCCGGACGCGCCCAUUAUAUAUGCCACCGAGAGCUUCGAAAUUUUGACAGGGUACUACGGAAGUGAGAUCAUAGGCAAAAACUGCCGAUUUCUCCAAAACCCUCCAAAUCCGCGGUCGCCGCCUUGGGAUGUCGUCGAAAAGUGUAGAAAAUACAACGAGCCGCUAUUAUCUGAGCUUAGACACCGAAUUCAGAGGAAGGAGGAAGCGCAAGUGAAAAUAGUGAACUACCACAAGGACGGAACCCCCUUCAUGAACAUCUUGACUGUCAUCCCCAUCCGGUAUGAAGAUGACGAUGGUGUAGAGAGGGAUUACAUAGUUGGCUUCCAGGUCAAUGAGAAGGAUAUAACACCUUCUCUGGGAUAA